CAUCUCAUGUCUACUCAGUGUUAGCCCAAUGACGUCGUGAUCUCCAUCUUCCUCCACUCUCCUCUCCUUCUUCUUCUCCCUAUUCCUUUCACUUUUCACCUCUCUAUCAUCUUCUUCUCGCCUUUAUCAAACAGAACAAACACUGAUCUUAAUUACUUUCGUUGUUCUCGUAUCAGUGUGAUACCCCAAGAACAACAUGUCUAGUAGUGGGAUGGAUUUAACUGCAGAAGGAUCGUCUUCUUCCUCGAGCCCUACACUUAGCCGCUAUGAGUCACAAAAGAGAAGGGAUUGGAACACAUUUGGGCAGUAUCUGAAGAACCAGAGGCCUCCAGUGCCUUUAUCUCAAUGCAAUUGCAACCAUGUGUUGGACUUCCUUCGCUACCUGGACCAGUUCGGCAAGACUAAGGUUCAUCUCCAAGGUUGUAUGUUUUAUGGCCAGCCGGAGCCGCCGGCACCCUGCACGUGCCCUCUCCGGCAAGCCUGGGGUAGUCUGGAUGCUCUCAUAGGCAGACUCAGGGCUGCUUAUGAGGAGAAUGGUGGUACCCCUGAGACUAACCCUUUUGCCAGUGGCUCCAUAAGGGUGUACCUUAGAGAGGUCAGGGAGUGUCAGGCUAAGGCUAGAGGUAUCCCUUACAAGAAGAAGAAGAAGACCACGACCACAACGACUGCUACAAAUCAAAGAAUGGGCACUGAUGAAUCCACUACUUCGUCUUCAACCAUGCACUUCUCUUGAUUGAUUCCUCCAUUCUGUUUCAUGAUUCAGCUUCCUCAAGGAAUUAUGCAGGAUGAUCAGUGGUAGGUGUAUCAGAUUAUAAUGAAAGUGGGACGAUUUGUCUUCAGCGAUUUGCUUGCAAGGCGUAAUCAAAUGUAUUGGGAAGCUGAGUUUCUAUGAUCUCUCUCUCUCUCUCUGCCUAUAUUUCACAUAUGGAUGGCAUUGCUUCUGUGUUAUGCUCUUGGGAAUUUGCAAAGCUCCUUGCAGAAUCAAACUCUCUCAUUACUAUGUAUCAUCUUCGAUCUUCAUCACUUUUAUGGAAUGUGCCUUAUAAAUUGAGUGUUCAUCGAUCAAUUUCCUGUAAUCCCACCCCCUUCAUUUUCAUCAUAUACGUAAACAUAUAUAAUUGCUUCUUUUAGUUAUUUUGCAUCUACUAAUUCAUUCC